AUGAAAAUAAAUUCCACUCAGGUUUUAUAUUUCACUCUAAGUGCCUACAUUGACACUGGUUCAUUGAAGUACUUCUCUUUCUUUAUCGUCCUGUUUCUGUAUGUUUUAAUCGUUGGUUCUAACGUUCUACUGAUCGUUGUUAUCUGUGUGAACAGGAGCUUACAUGAACCAAUGUACACGUUUCUGUGCAGCCUGUUUGUCAAUGAACUGUACGGCAGCACAAGCUUUUUUCCCUUCAUGCUGCUUCACAUCCUCUCUGAUGUUCACAAUAUUUCUGCUCCUCUUUGUUUCCUACAGGUUUUCUGUGUUUAUACUUAUGGAACUGUAGAGUUCACCAGCUUAGCAGUUAUGUCCUAUGACAGAUAUGUUGCUAUUUGUCAUCCUCUGCAGUAUAAUUCACUGAUGACUUCACAGAAAAUUGCCUUCCUGGUGUCCAUUACUUGGCUUCCACCAUUUUUAGCUGUCGGGGGUGCAAUCAUUUUAAGCUCCUCUCUGCAGCUUUGUGGAAAUAUCAUGGAUAAAAUUUACUGUGGUAAUAACUCCAUCAUUAAACUGGCUUGCAAAGAGCCCAGGGUCAAUAACAUCUAUAAACUUUUCAUGACUUUUCUCACAGUUUGUGUUCCUCUGUCUGUGAUUCUCUACACCUACAUGAGGAUCCUUAAGGUGUGUUUUUCUGGAUCCAAACAGACCCGGCAGAAGGCUGUCAGUACCUGCACUCCUCACCUUAUUUCAAUUAUCAAUUUCUCUUUUGGUGUUUCCAUUGAAAUCUUAGAGAGUCGAUUUGACAUGACCCAAGUUCCUGGUGUGCUGAGAAUGUUCUUAGCCCUUUAUUUUCUCACUUGUCAGCCUCUCUUUAACCCAGUUCUAUACGGUCUGAAUAUGUCCAAAAUACGCAGCCUGUAUAAGAAGAUGGUUCUGAGAUGGGCAUCAUAA